AUGCAGCAGCAGCCAGGCCCGGCGCUACCCCGCCGGCUCAACGGCCGGGCGGCGGCCUGUGAUCCGUGCCGCGCCCGCAAGCUCGCCUGCGACCACGGCCAGCCCGUCUGUAAGCGCUGCAAGAAGCGCGCCAACGACAUGAACUGCGUCUACCGCGAGCCUGCCCUGCGCAGCUCCCCGUCGUCCGCCUCGAGGCCCCCGCGGCCCCGUCCGCAUCAGAGCCAGUCGUCGUCGGCGGGCGUGCUCGGCCGGGCAGAGCAGCUGUCCCUGUCCUCAGCCCCGACAUCCCCCUCCAGCUCGAGGAUGUCUUUGGCCCAGCUCGAUGCGCCGACUUCCAAGUCAGACACCAGCGACGCCGUGCCCGACAGGCCGACGGUCGUGCCGGGAUACUGGGGCCUGCUCAGCCACGGCGUGGUCUUCGAAGAGGCCAAGAACAGCCUCGCCAUGUUUGCCUGCUCACACCGGCCGUUCGAGCCUCCAGGGGCAGGAGCCCACAGCCCCUCGGGAGCAGGCGCGAGCAACAGGCGUCACCGCUCGCGGAUACCCUUUAGAGAAAGGCCUGGCCCCUUCCGGGAAAUGUGCAUGUAUGUCCUCCGCUGCCUGCCCGGCCAGGCCAACGAGAUCCUCGCUCUGAGUGGUGGUGGUGGCAGCGCUGCGAGCUCCACGGCCGAACCCAGCGAGCACAAGGUCUGGGGCGACAUAGUGGUGGACCACAUCUCGAGCUCCAUCCUCGGGUGCCUCGACGAGAUCCGCCACCUCGGCGACGAGGGCUUGGUGGCCAUGGCAGAGAUGCUCUGCGACAACACCGCCCAGCCCAUGAAGGACGACUGUGCCACCCAUCUAGAGUGGCUGGACCAAUUCAGCGGGCCCCGGCUUCGCUGGGAGGCACUGGGCCUAAUGUGGCUGUAUCUCGACCGCGUGUCGGACAUGUUCGAUGCUGUCACCACAAGCCGGCUCGAAUGGGCCGGCGGCAGGGAGGCUUCUGCCAUUGUCACUGUCUGCGUCAAGUACUGCAUCGAGGUGGCCUCCAGCCUCGCCGAGGCCAACGUCCUACUCGUCGACCUCAACCGGCGUGCAGGCACGCAAGACUCGAUGGUUCAUGGUGACGCAAGAAUGUCUGGGUUCAAAUACCAUGCCGCGGCCGUGACAAUGGCCACCUUUCUUGGCAUGCACGCUCAUACGAACGGCCCCGAGCCUUACCAGCCCACCUUCUGCUCAGAGUACCAGCGGCGCCUGUGUGCCCACGUCUUCACGUCUGACAAGCUGGGCGUCUCCUUUACUGGUCGACCGCCCAUCACGAGCCGACGUUUCUGGUCGACGCCUUUGCCGCUGGACAUCGCAGACGCGGACCUGUGGGAUCCUGCUCGGCUGGCUACGGCUCUCGCCAAUCUUGACAGCAACGGCUGGAGCAAGAAUGGACAAGUCAACUCGUCAACCCUGAUGCGUGUGCGAAGCAUGACUGCUCGGAUCCGCGAUGAGCUCUACGAGAUAGCUCUUGACCCCAGCGUGCGGCCCGGUCGCGAAUCUCUACUGAACCUAUACCAACGACUGAUGGAUACGUACGAAGGCUUUCCCGCGUCGCUCAAGUACAAACCCGAGCAUCUCACCAAUCCCAACGUGCCUACGGCGCUUCUGUACUUCCAGAUCGCGUGCCAGCUCGAGCUCCUGCAGACGCAGUUCUUCAUCCGCAGACUGAUCCAGCUGCACGAUCCCCUCCCAUCUGAUGACGGAGACCUGCUGGUCACAACUUUCGCAAUGCUCUCGCUCAUCCUGGUAGUGUGGAAUGACAGGGACCGCUUCUCAGAUCACGCAAUGAGGCGGAACUUUGAGUGGUUCGUCAUGGAAUACGGCGCGCCAGCCGGCGGCGUCCUCUGCCUGGAGCUUCUCCGCCCCACGUUCACGGGCACGCACUUCAAAGACGCCAAGAUCAGCCGGUCAAGCAUCAUCCAGAGCCUGACCCUGCUCGUCAACUUCCUCGACUGGAUCAAGCCGUCCGCUCCCAACGGCGAGCUCUGCGCAGACUGCAAGGUCGUCAUCAAGCGUGUGCUCGACCACCACCUCAACAACCUCGGCGUACCGGCGAUAGCGCCCAGCACCGCAGUCGGCCAGUUCACGGCCGACGCCCCCUCGCAGCAAGCGAUGCUGGCCAACAAUGGAGAUGUGUUAUUGGCCUCAUCAUCGGGGUCUCUGAACUACGUUGAGCCGCUGCAUGAGUGGAUGCCCUCGGAGGACAUGCCCAUCUUCAACUUCCAACUGAUGGACACGUUUGACUGGCUGCGUGACGACGAGCAGCAGCCUCGAUCUUGA